AGAAAGAUUAGUUGGCAAUUCAAAACAUUAUAAAUAUAGUUCAUGUAAUCUAUCUGCAGUUGACAAAUUCAUUUUCGCUAAGUAUGAUAUCCUUUUGGCUCAUCUUUACCUUUCUCUCGGCUCCAUGGAUGUCAAGUGCUUCCGGUUUCACUGCAUGCUCUGAUUUGCCCACUGGUGUACAGAAAAUGAUACUGGGUGUUGACAUCACUAGUCUAGACGUAGUGCCCAUUGAUUUUCAAGGCGACAAUGGGUUUAAGAAGCCAGUGUUGAACUUCUCCUGCGAUAGCGACAGAAGCUGGAAGAGUCCAAGUGGGAUUGUUAAACAGCUCCCCGAUCAGGUCUGGCAAAUGACGUCAGAACCUGGAGGUUGGCUAACGGCUGAUGUCGAUUUCUACCAAACCUACAACGAAGUCAGACAAUCUAUGUCUUACGGCGUUGGUGGGGAAGGUUCUUUGUUUAACUUUGCCUUCUCAGCCAGCCAGAACUACAAGAAACUUCAGAACUCAAUCACCAAUAAAUCCAAGUAUAUUUAUCAAGUAUCGUCAUUUGAAUCAGCGACUCACGUAGACCUUCACCCAUCUGAAGCAAUUGAAUUGGAUUACUUUGCCCAAAACUACAUAGACCGAAAGCUUAAAGACUCUUUUGAGUCAGAUCCCGCUGCUUACUUUAAAUUUAUCUAUACGUUUGGUACUCACUACUUCUCCAGUGCCAAUUUUGGUGGCUUUAUUUGGAUGUUGUUUGAAACAAAUAAAGACUACUUUUAUUCACACUCAGAAAGCGAUAUUGAAACUAACGCCAAGGUAUCUUUCUUAGACUUUAUUUCUUUACAUGGCGGAGGUACAUCGACAACCUCUACAAUAGAUCAAACGUUUUCACAAGCAACCACAGAAACAAUAAAAUAUUACGGUGGCGACACAAAUCUCCUGACACAAAACGGAUUCCAGAGUUGGCAGCCAAGUGUUGACCAAGAUCCCUGGCUCUUCUCUGGCCAGUUAACACCAAUUAGUGAUCUAAUACUAGACGAAAAGAAAAAAAAAGUCAACGGAAUCAGCAGUUGAGAACUACGUGCUCAGAAGUUACUUAAAUGAACUGAUGUGGCUUGUCGCCUCAGCUGAACUUAAAACCCAAGAUGAUGUUUUGAAUACCGCUAGAGAAAACGUCACUGGUAUGCUGAGCCAAACCUUUCUAGUACAAAGUGAGGUUGAAGCUUUAUGGCAAUUUAUAGAAGAUCAGAUAAUU